UGCUCUUCUUCUGAUGAUAUAAGCUUCGGUCGAGUUCCGCCGAAAUUCCAAACCUCGGGCAAAAUAAGCGAUAGUUCUGGACUUUUCUGCAGGGCUAACUAAUUUCAAUCGAAGCGUCUGGUCAGACUUUGAGAAAGCGCGAUAAAAACUCAAAAGAAUAAUGCGGGGAAAUCGAGAUGGAUGCAGAAUCCAGGGCUCGAAAUGAUCCCGACUGACUGCUGCAUCCACGCUGACUUUCGGUCAUCCAAGCGCCGAUCAGAUUGAAACCGCGAUGGCAGAACAGUUACAGCUGCGGUAUCCUGACAGAAAUAUAGAUGAAGAUCCCGUUCCUCUCAACUUACGGAGAUUCAACUUGACAAAUGACCCGGCUAAUUGGCCCUUAUUCUCUAGCAUCGAGACAAGAGAACAUUUCAUAAGAAAUCACUUACAAGGUGCAUUCGAGAAUGAGGUUGCUCCCCAACGCUCUGAUAGUAGCCCAUCUGGUAGUGGCCGCGGUCCUGGAUCUCCGCAUCGCUCUGAUAGUGGCCCAUCUGGUAGUGGCCGCGGUCCUGGAUCUCCGCAUCGCUCUGAUAGUGGCCCAUCUGGUAGUGGCCGCGGUCCUGGAUCUCCCCAUCGCUCUGAUAGUGGCCCAUCUGGUAGUGGCCGCGGUCCUGGAUCUCCGCAUCGCUCUGAUAGUGGCCCAUCUGGUAGUGGCCGCGGUCCUGGAUCUCCCCAUCGCUCUGAUAGCGGCCGUGGUUCUGGAUCUCCGCAUUCGUCUUCGAGAAAUGAUUCGAGAAAUACAUCUGCAUAUGAUGCAGAUGUAUCUAUGACGAACCAAAGUGAAAAUUCGUAUUCGAGAAAUACAUCUGCAUAUAAUGCAGAUGUAUCUAAUACCAGCAACCGUGGAAAUAGGUAUAUAUAUCCAAAUCCCAGUCAAGACACAAGUAAUACAUCUACAAAUUAUUCAAGAUCCGUAUCUACUAGCAGCCACCGUCAAAAUAGGGAUAGCAAUCAAAAUCGAAGUCAAGACACAAGCGCUACCAACUCUGAUCCUAACGUUCGGCAGCCACAACGGAGUUCCAGUCCAUCCUCUACUCAAAAUCAGUCUUUAUGGUCAGGUAACGACCCAUCAAACCAAGGAUAUACAUCCCAUUCUUCUCAAUCAAAUCCAAAUUGUACAUCACAUGAAUCAAUUAACAGCGUAGAGUCUGAAUCGACCACUUCUUCAUUUCGACUCAAUGGACGCGGGAGUGGAAGAUCAGAUGGAAAUAGGAAUAACAAUCAAAGUCCAAGUCAAGACACAAGCGCCACAAACUCUGAUCCUAACGUUCGGCAACCACAACGGAGUUCCAGUCCAUCCUCUACUCAAAAUCAGUCUUUAUGGUCAGGUAACGACCCAUCAAACCAAGGAUAUACAUCCCAUUCUUCUCAAUCAAAUCCAAAUUUUACAUCACAUGAAUCAAUUAACAGCGUAGAGUCUGAAUCGACCACUUCUUCAUUUCGACUCAAUGGACGCGGGAGUGGAAGAUCAGAUGGAAAUAGGAAUAACAAUCAAAGUCAAAGUCAAGACACAAGCGCUACCAACUCUGAUCCUAACGUUCGGCAACCACAACGGAGUUCCAGUCCAUCCUCUACUCAAAAUCAGUCUUUAUGGUCAGGUAACGACCCAUCAAACCAAGGAUAUACAUCCCAUUCUUCUCAAUCAAAUCCAAAUUUUACAUCACAUGAAUCAAUUAACAGCGUAGAGUCUGAAUCGACCACUUCUUCAUUUCGACUCAAUGGACGCGGGAGUGGAAGAUCAGAUGGAAAUAGGAAUAACAAUCAAAGUCCAAGUCAAGACACAAGCGCCACCAACUCUGAUCCUAACGUUCGGCAACCACAACGGAGUUCCAGUCCAUCCUCUACUCAAAAUCAGUCUUUAUGGUCAGGUAACGACCCAUCAAACCAAGGAUAUACAUCCCAUUCUUCUCAAUCAAAUCCAAAUUUUACAUCACAUGAAUCAAUUAACAGCGUAGAGUCUGAAUCGACCACUUCUUCAUUUCGACUCAAUGGACGCGGGAGUGGAAGAUCAGAUGGAAAUAGGAAUAACAAUCAAAGUCAAAGUCAAGACACAAGCGCUACCAACUCUGAUCCUAACGUUCGGCAACCACAACGGAGUUCCAGUCCAUCCUCUACUCAAAAUCAGUCUUUAUGGUCAGGUAACGACCCAUCAAACCAAGGAUAUACAUCCCAUUCUUCUCAAUCAAAUCCAAAUUUUACAUCACAUGAAUCAAUUAACAGCGUAGAGUCUGAAUCGACCACUUCUUCAUUUCGACUCAAUGGACGCGGGAGUGGAAGAUCAGAUGGAAAUAGGAAUAACAAUCAAAGUCAAAGUCAAGACACAAGCGCUACCAACUCUGAUCCUAACGUUCGGCAACCACAACGGAGUUCCAGUCCAUCCUCUACUCAAAAUCAGUCUUUAAGGUCAGGUAACGACCCAUCAAACCAAGGAUAUACAUCCCAUUCUUCUCAAUCAAAUCCAAAUUUUACAUCACAUGAAUCAAUUAACAGCGUAGAGUCUGAAUCGACCACUUCUUCAUUUCGACUCAAUGGACGCGGGAGUGGAAGAUCAGAUGGAAAUAGGAAUAACCAUCAAAGUCAAAGUCAAGACACAAGCGCUACCAACUCUGAUCCUAACGUUCGGCAGCCACAACGGAGUUCCAGUCCAUCCUCUACUCAAAAUCAGUCUUUAAGGUCAGGUAACGACCCAUCAAACCAAGGAUAUACAUCCCAUUCUUCUCAAUCAAAUCCAAAUUUUACAUCACAUGAAUCAAUUAACAGCGUAGAGUCUGAAUCGACCACUUCUUCAUUUCGACUCAAUGGACGCGGGAGUGGAAGAUCAGAUGGAAAUAGGAAUACCAAUCAAAGUCCAAGUCAAGACACAAGCGCUACCAACUCUGAUCCUAACGUUCGGCAGCCACAACGGAGUUCCAGUCCAUCCUCUACUCAAAAUCAGUCUUUAAGGUCAGGUAACGACCCAUCAAACCAAGGAUAUACAUCCCAUUCUUCUGAAUCAAAUCCAAAUUUUACAUCACAUGAAUCAAUUAACAGCGUAGAGUCUGACUCGACCACUUCUUCAUUUCCACUCAAUGGACGCGGGAGUGGAAGAUCAGAUGGAAAUAGGAAUACCAAUCAAAGUCAAAGUCAAGACACAAGCGCUACCAACUCUGAUCCUAACGUUCGGCAACCACAACGGAGUUCCAGUCCAUCCUCUACUCAAAAUCAGUCUUUAAGGUCAGGUAACGACCCAUCAAACCAAGGAUAUACAUCCCAUUCUUCUCAAUCAAAUCCAAAUUUUACAUCACAUGAAUCAAUUAACAGCGUAGAGUCUGAAUCGACCACUUCUUCAUUUCGACUCAAUGGACGCGGGAGUGGAAGAUCAGAUGGAAAUAGGAAUAACAAUCAAAGUCCAAGUCAAGACACAAGUGCUACCAACUCUGAUCCUAACGUUCGGCAGCCACAACGGAGUUCCAGUCCAUCCUCUACUCAAAAUCAGUCUUUAAGGUCAGGUAACGACCCAUCAAACCAAGGAUAUACAUCCCAUUCCUCUCAAUCAAACCCAAAUUUUACAUCACAUGAAUCAAUUAACAGCGUAGAGUCUGAAUCGACCACUUCUUCAUUUCGACUCAAUGGACGCGGGAGUGGAAGAUCAGAUGGAAAUAGGAAUAACAAUCAAAGUCAAAGUCAAGACACAAGUGCUACCAACUCUGAUCCGAACGUUCGGCAACCACAACGGAGUUCCAGUCCAUCCUCUACUCAAAAUCAGUCUUUAAGGUCAGGUAACGACCCAUCAAACCAAGGAUAUACAUCCCAUUCUUCUCAAUCAAAUCCAAAUUUUACGGAUAACGAUCAAAAUCAAAGUCCAGACACAAGCACUUCAUCUGGAUAUUUUUUAAGAAACGCAGGUAAUAACGUCGAUGAUCGCUACGGCAACCGUCAAAAUAGCGAUAACAAUCAAAAUCGGUAUGCUAUGCGCGAUGGGCAACCACAACGGGAUUCCAGUCCAUCCUCUACCCAAAAUCUGUCUUCAAGGUCAGGUAACGCACCACCAAACCAAGGCUUUGCAUAUCCAUCCGAUUCUUCUCGAUCAAAUCCAAAUUUUACAUCACAUGAAUCAAGUAACAGUAUAGAGUCUGAAUCGACCACUUCUUCAUCUCGACUCAAUGGACGUGGGAGUGGAAGAUCAGAUACGGACUCACAUGGAAAUAGGGAUAACCAUCAAAAUCCCAGUCAAGACACAAGUACUUCAUCUGGAUAUUUUUUAAGAAACGCAGGUAAUAACCUCGAUGAUCGUUACGGCAACCGUCAAAAUAGGGAUAACAAUCAAAAUCAAAAUAGGGAUAACAAUCAAAAUCAAAAUAGGGAUAACAAUCAAAAUCAGGAUGCGAUGCGCGAUGGGCAACCACAACAGGAUUCCAGUCCAUCCUCUACCCAAGAUCUGUCUUCAAGGUCAGGUAACGACCCACCAAACCAAGGCUUUGCAUAUACAUCCGAUUCUUCUCGAACAAAUCCAAAUUUUUCAUCACAAGAGUCAACUAACAGAGUAGCAUCUGAAUCGAACAUUUUUCCAUUUCGACCCAAUGGACGCGGGGGUGGAAGAUCAGAUACGGGCUCACAAGGAAGUAAUGAUAACCAUCAAAAUCCCAGUCAAGACACAAGCACUUCAUCUGGAUAUUUUUUAAGAAACGCAGGUAAUAACGUCGAUGAUCGUUACGGCAACCGUCAAAAUAGGGAUAACAAUCAAAAUCAAAAUAGGGAUAACAAUCAAAAUCAAAAUAGGGAUAACGAUCAAAAUCAAAGUCCAGGCACAAGCACUUCAUCUGGAUAUUUUUUAAGAAACGCAGGUAAUAACGUCGAUGAUCGCUACGGCAACCGUCAAAAUAGCGAUAACAAUCAAAAUCGGGAUGCUAUGCGCGAUGGGCAACCACAACGGGAUUCCAGUCCAUCCUCUACCCAAGAUCUGUCUUCAAGGUCAGGUAACGACCCUCCAAACCAAGGCUUUGCAUAUACAUCCGAUUCUUCUCGAACAAAUCCAAAUUUUUUAUCACAAGAAUCAACUAACAGAAUAGCAUCUGAAUCGAACAAUUUUCCAUUUCGACCCAAUGGACGCGGGGGUGGAAGAUCAGAUACGGGCUCACAAGGAAGUAAUGAUAACCAUCAAAAUCCCAGUCAAGACACAAGCACUUCAUCUGGAUAUUUUGUAAGAAACGCAGGUAAUAACGUCGAUGAUCGUUACGGCAACCGUCAAAAUAGGGAUAACAAUCAAAAUCAAAAUAGGGAUAACAAUCAAAAUCAAAAUAGGGAUAACGAUCAAAAUCAAAGUCCAGGCACAAGCACUUCAUCUGGAUAUUUUUUAAGAAACGCAGGUAAUAACGUCGAUGAUCGCUACGGCAACCGUCAAAAUAGGGAUAACAAUCAAAAUCGGGAUGCUAUGCGCGAUGGGCAACCACAACGGGAUUCCAGUCCAUCCUCUACCCAAAAUCUGUCUUCAAGGUCAGGUAACGCACCACCAAACCAAGGCUUUGUAUAUCCAUCCGAUAGGGAUAUACAUCAAAAUCCCAAUGAAGACACAAGUAAUACAUCUGCACAUGAUUCAAGAUACGCAUCUAAUAAUAGCAACCGCAGAAAUAGGGAUAUAUAUGAAAAUCCCAAUCAAGACACAAGUAAUACAUCUGCAAAUGAAUCAAGAAACGUAUCUAAUAAUAACAGCCACCGUGAAAAUAUGGAUAUACAUCAACAUCCCAAUCAACAUCCCAACCAAGACACAAGAUCAAACAGAAACUACAGCUCUUCCUCAAAGAGGGCUAGACCCAAUGAAAAUGAACCUGAAGGCAGAGCUUUCGCAAAUCAAAGUGCAGGCAAUACAGGUGUAGCAGAUGAAAGGCCUAUAAUGACAUACACUGAAGAAGCUUUUGCAACGCGUCAACCUAUAUUGUGGAAUGGAGAUGAACAAAUAGUCAUAUUUGUUGGGGAAUGUAAUUUUCAGUUCGAACCGAAGGUAGGCGAUAUUAUAAUAAGUCACCCUGCUAGGGCUUCAAGUCGUGCUUCCCAUCCACCUAAUGUUCCAUCAGGUGCUAGAACCAACUGUUUGCGUACAUGGGAUGGGCAAGAUAGACAUGUAUUUAACGCUAGCGUGCAACAUGGUGAUCUCAUCCUACGUAUUGGUCAAUGGAAAAUCAACGAAGCAAGAGGAUUAUUGAAUGAACUCGAAGCCAUCGAGGCUCCAGCCUUUUUUUCUCCUUUUUAUCGAGUUGAUUUAUUCUCUGUUCAUAAACAAAGACCUGAUCACAGAUAUAUCUUCUUGGGAUAUCAAUAUCCACUCCAUCUUGAGGGUGCAACUCCAAGUUACUUAUUACCUUCACCAGGAAAACAUCUCCAAGCUGGACAAAUGUGUCCACCAACAUUUCAACCCGGAGUAGGUGAUGUUAUUAUCAAGGGAGAAUCAUGGAUUGCUAACUUUAAUCACAGCCAAAAUUUUCGCAGAUCCAUGGUUAAGUGGUACAAAACUCGACAAAAGUUGUUAUCAUCCAGAAUGGGGAUUCGUACACAAAGCACGGAAAUUAGACAAGGCACAAUAUUACUACGACCUUAUGUUGAUAGAGCAAUAGAUGUUACAGGAACAAUGAUGGGUAACGAUAGCUGGGGAUUCGCUGAACUAUAUAUAAGAGAAUCAGAUGGAUGGAGAUUUUGCGGCAGAACCCAACACAGAGUAUAUGAAAAUCUACCGACCCCACGAAAACUUCCAAUAGUGUACGCUGCAGAUCCAGGACGUAUAGAAGAUAAUCCUUCUUAUCCAUCACGAAUAACAUAUUCUUGUUAGUCAGAUAAAAACUUUGCAUCUUUCAUAACCAAACUAUGUAAUCAAAGUAACACUACUCAGAAAACAUCUCAUAGUAGCUUAGUUUACCUUUGUAUACAAGCCUAUUUAAAAUUAAAAAAAACCCCAAAUAUCUUAUGUUCUACAGGAAAAAACUUUAAAGUCCAAUAAUUAGAAACAUUAUUAUAGAAUCAAUUUCAAAAUAUUUAUUUGACAAAUAAACAGAAUCAAACAGAAAUUUUAGAAAAUUUGAAUAAUUUUUUUACAAGUAAAAUAAUUUUUAAGGAUAAUUCA